CUGCGUCAAAGUAUGCAAUAGUAAUUCUAAACAGAAAACAGCAGAUGGUGCCUCACGGUUUUUCGUAUUCCCCACUUGGAAAAAAAAAAUACGGACCGCAGACAGAGGACAUAACAAAGAGGUGUCGGGCUGCAUGGGUCGCUGCUGUAAGAAGGAAAGACAUCACGUUUCAUAAAAUAUCUCCUCAAGCUCGUGUUUGCUCUCGGCAUUUUCACAAAGGUCAACCCACAUAUGAGAUGAUGGAGACUGACCCAGACUGGGCUCCAUCCCUUCAUCUGGGCCACACUGACAUCAAACCAACAGACACAGACCGCUCUUUAAGAUGUGGUUAUCGGGAACAGCUAAAAAAUAAUGCCCUGCAAGCAACUGAAACGGGGCUCCAUCAGGCUGAUGAAAUCCUUGAGCGCCAGGAUGAAGUUACACAUGAGGCGACAGAGAACCCCAACCAGCAACAGACUGACACGCAGAAGGCUGCUGAAAACGUUGGCCGGCCAAACACCAAGGAUGACACAGAAGGUGGUCGUCAGGAAGGACAGACAGAAUGUAACCUGUGUGUGCUCAGGUGUGCAGAGAUGAACCGUCUUUUGGAAGAAAACAGAGAGCUGUGGCAUGAACUUGAUGAGCUGCAGAUCUCUGAUGGCUUCUUUGGAGACAGUAAUGAAAAAGUCAAGUACUAUACGGGUCUACCAAACUUGGCAACCUUUAUGGCUUUGUUUAAUUUUCUGCUGCCUCUCAUGUCUGCUCAAAACAAAAUUCUUAGUCCAUUUCAAAUGCCUCUGCUAACCUUCAUGGUUCUGAGAUUGGAUCUGCCCUCAAAACACCUUGCUUAG